AUGGCCAUUGCCCCGGAUGCCACCACGGCUUACCGGGUUGUCAAGAAGAUCGACCGCGUUAUCAUCCCGCUGCUGUUCGUCACGUACAUGCUCAACUUCAUGGACAAGACGAUCCUUUCGAGCGCUGCAGUGUUUGGCCUUCGCGAAGACAAUCACCUUGAAGGCCAGCAGUACAGUUGGGUCUCUAGCAUCUUCUACUUCGGAUACCUCAUUUGGGAGUAUCCUACCACUAUUCUCAUUGCUCGGUUACCGACAGCCAAGUACCUCACGGUUAAUACCUUGUUCUGGGGUGCCGUGGUAGCCUUGACGGCAGCAUGUCGCAAUUUCGGCGGUCUCAUGGCUGUGCGUUUCCUACUGGGUGUGGCCGAGGCUACUAUCACUCCGGCCUUUAUGUUCUUGACUUCUACCUGGUAUACUCGUGACGAAAUGCCCGUCCGUGUCGGCAUUUGGUUCGCGGGUAACUCUAUCGGUGGGCUAGUUUCUAGUCUUCUAGCCUUUGGCAUCGGCCACAUUGACGACCAUAUCCGCCCCUGGCGAUGGAUGUAUAUCAUCCUCGGAGUGUUGACUACCGUCUGGGCUAUACCCAUGUUCUUUUUCCUCCCUGAUACUAUUUCCAAAGCCAAGUUCCUUACCGCCGAGGAGCGAAAGGUUGCCGCCGACCGCGUCGUUAUUGCUGGAACAGGUAGCACUGAGAAUUCUCAUUGGAAACCGGAUCAAGUGAAGGAGUGUCUUAUGGACCCCAAGACUUGGUUCAUCGUAUCUAUCGAGCUUCUUACUCAAAUGCCCAACGGUGGCACGCAGAGCUUCAGCAACAUUGUCAUCUCGUCAUUCGGAUUUACAAGUCUGCAAACCACCCUCAUUAAUAUCCCCUAUUCAGUCAUUACGGCGAGUACUAUCGCUGGAACAGGCUGGCUGGCCAGUCGCUACCACACGCUCAACUGUCUGCUCAUCCUCUGCGUUGUGGUUCCUCCCGUUGUAGGCUCGGCUAUCAUCUACGUACGUGAGCAGGUACCGCACGGCGUCCAACUCUUUGCCUAUUUCUUGCUUUCGACGGGUCCCGCGGCCAUGCCUCUGAAUAUGUCACUCGUGCAGGCCAACUACCGUGGCGUCACGAAGCGCAUGACCAUAACAGCUAUGCUCUUCCUGACAUACUGCGCUGGUAAUAUAGCCGGACCGCAGUUCUUCCGCAGGUCAGAGGCGCCGAAGUACAGGACGGCUUUCCAGGCCAUCAUGGUAUGCUACGCACUUGUCGUGGUUGUGGUACUGUCACUGCGGUUCUAUCUGCAAUGGUUCAAUGCAAAGCGCUCGAGAGAAGAAGGCUUCGAGGGCAGUGCUCGCUCGGCGGGUGUAGUGGCGAAUGGAAAGGUCCCUGAAGCAUUGAAUGGCAGAAAUGUGGCUGAGGCAGUUGCCGAGGUGGAGUUGAGGCCGGAGGACUAUGAGGAUGUGACUGAUUGGAAGACGGUGGGUUUCCGUUAUCGUCUGUAA